UAUGCCUUCUAAUUGGCUAUAAAUGUAAAGCGGCUUCCUGCGCGUGGUUCGUACGUUGCGCCUGGAGACCCAGGCAGCCCUGGACGCCGCUCAAAUUUCCCGGGCCGGAGCGCGGGGCCUGCUGGGAAGGUGCCGGACGGUUACCCACCAGGCCCGGGGUGGUGCUGCUGGACCUCGACAUGCAGAGCACGGACCUGGGCAACAAGGAGAGCGGCAAGAUAUGGCAUCGCAAGCCGUCCCCAACCACUCGGGAUGGAAUUAUAGUGAACAUUGUUCACAACACAUCCGAUUACUAUCCAAAAGUUUUGCGGUUUUUGAAUGUGGCUUUUGAUGGCUCAGGUGAUUCCUUAAUUGCUGGGGACCAUCAAGGAAAUGUUUAUGUUUUUGACUUAUAUGCAAAUAGGUUUAAUCUUGCUCAGCGAACAGGACAAGCGUGCACGGCUCUGGCCUUUAAUCUUCGUAGGAAAUCUGAAUUCCUAGUGGCAUUAGCUGAUCAUUCUAUUAAAUGUUUUGAUACAGUCACCAAGGAGCUCGUUAGCUGGAUGAGAGGACACGAGUCAUCCGUGUUUUCCAUCUCUGUGCAUGCGUCGGGGAAAUACGCCAUCACUACUUCUUCUGAUACAGCACAAUUAUGGGACUUGGAUACCUUUCAGAGAAAAAGAAAGCUGAACAUUCGUCAGUCUGUGGGUAUACAAAAGGUUUUCUUUCUACCGUUAAGUAAUACCAUCCUCAGCUGUUUUAAAGAUAAUUCCAUCUUUGCUUGGGAAUGUGAUACACUUUUUUGCAAAUAUCAGUUGCCAGCUCCACCUGAAAGCUCUAGUAUAUUAUACAAAGUUUUUGCUGUAACCAGAGAUGGCCGAAUUCUAGCUGCUGGAGGCAAAUCAAAUCAUCUGCAUUUGUGGUGCCUGGAAGCUACACGGCUCUUGAGAAUUAUCCAGAUGCCUACUAAAGUUCGAGCCAUUCGCCAACUAGAAUUUCUUCCUGACAGUUUUGAUGCUGGUUCUAAUCAGGUUCUUGGAGUUUUAAGUCAAGACGGUAUUAUGAGAUUUGUCAAUAUAGAGACUUAUAAAGUUCUCUUUGAAAUUGGAAGCCUUGAUGAAGGAAUUACCUUCUCAGCAAUUAGCCCACAUGGACGGUACAUUGCAUCUGUUAUGGAAAAUGGAAGUCUAAAUAUAUAUUCAGUCCAGGCUUUAACACAAGAAAUAAAUAAGCCACCUCCUCCUUUGGUGAAAGUGAUUGAAGAUCUUCCCAAGAGUAAAUUGAAGUCUGUUGAUCUUAAAAUGAAGGUAACAUCAGGAAGAGUACAGCAGCCAGCAAAAUCCAGGGAAAGGAAAGUGCAAACUAGAAUAUUAAAACAAGGCCUGGCCAGGAAUUUUGAAAGUAAAGAGAAUGAAUUAUCGGAUGGAUUGAACAAAAAACGUCUACAAAUCUUAUUAAAAGGCUAUGGUGAAUAUCCAACAAAAUACAGAAUGUUCAUUUGGCGCUCUCUGCUACAACUGCCUGAAAAUCAUACUGCGUUCAGUAGCCUCAUAGAUAAAGGUACUCAUGUGGCAUUUAUCAAUCUUCAGAAGAAGUAUCCCAUCAAAAGCAGGAAACUACUCAGAGUAUUACAGAGAACCCUGUCUGCAUUGGCUCACUGGUCUGUCAUCUUUAGUGACACACCAUAUCUUCCACUCUUGGCAUUUCCAUUUGUAAAAUUAUUCCAGAACAACCAACUCAUCUGUUUUGAAGUUAUUGCUACCCUCAUAAUCAAUUGGUGUCAACAUUGGUUUGAAUAUUUUCCUAAUCCUCCUGUCAAUAUUCUUAGUAUGAUAGAAAAUGUUUUGGCAUUUCAUGACAAGGAACUGCUACAACAUUUCAUAGAUCAUGAUAUAACUUCCCAGGUCUAUGCAUGGCCUCUUCUUGAAACUGUGUUCUCAGAAGUGCUAACAAGAGAAGAGUGGCUAAAACUGUUUGAUAAUGUCUUUUCCAACCAUCCUUCGUUCCUCCUGAUGACUGUUGUAGCCUACAACAUAUGUUCUAGAGCUCCUUUGCUCAACUGUAAUCUUAAAGAUGAUUUUGAGUAUUUUUUUCACCACCGAAAUAACCUGGACAUAAGUGUUGUGAUUAGAGAAGUUUACUGUCUCAUGGAAACCACUCCUGCUGGCAUUCAUCCAGACAGCAUGCUCAACGUUUUUGUUGCACUGACAAAAGGGCAAUACCCAGUAUUUAAUCAAUAUCCAAAGUUUAUUGUGGAUUAUCAGACACUGGAACGAGAAAGAAUUAGGAAUGAUGAAUUGGAUUAUCUAAGAGAGAGGCAGAAGGUUGAAGAUAUGCAAGCUGAAGUAGACCAGCAACAAGCUGAAGAUGAAGCUUGGUACCAGAAACAAGAACUGCUUCGUAAAGCUGAAGAAACAAGGAGAGAAAUGCUCUUACGAGAGGAGGAAAAGAUGGUACAGCAAAGGCAGAGACUAGCUGCCGUGAAAAGAGAGUUGAAAAUAAAGGAAAUAAACUUACAAGAUUCUGCAAGAAAGCGUUUUCUGAAACUUCAGCAAGAUCAGCGGGAGAUGGAACUAAAAAGACUGGAUGAUGAAAUUGGGAGAAAGAUAUAUAUGAGAGAUCAAGAAAUUGCUACCACAGCCAAAGACCUGGAAAUGAGACAUCUGGAGCUUGAAUCACAAAAAAGACUUUAUGAAAAGAAUCUUACCAGAAAUCAAGAAGCUGUUGCAAAACAGAUACGAGAAGAGGCAGAUGUCUAUAGACAGAAAGUGGAUCUUGAACAACACAUGUUUCAUAAGCUGAUAGAAGCAGAUCAGAGUCAGAGCCAAGAAACUCAGAAGGUAAUUGAAGAAAAUUUGGCAAAAGCUGAACAAGCCUGCCUAAAUACUGACUGGAAAAUUCAAGCUUUACAUAAACAAAAAUGUGAUGAUCUGCAACGAGACAAAUGUUACAAGGAAGUAGCUGGACUCCUUCGGGAGAAAAGAAGGAAGGAAAUAGGAGUAUUAAAUGCAAUGAUGGAAGAGGAAGCCAAGAAGUGGAAGGAAGCUGAAGAGAAAAAGUUAUAUUUGAGAUCAGCAAAGAAAACUUCUGCUCUUUCAGAUGCAUCUAGAAAGUGGUUUUUAAAUCAGGAGAUAAAUGCUGCUGUGGAACAUGCCGACAGUCUGUGCAGUAAAGAAAUGCCAUGGUUCCAAAGUGAAGUGGCCUCAAGGUGUUUUCCUAGACCCUCACAAUUAAAUGACAUUCCAGAAAUGGAUUCCUCAACACAGAUUUCUUUAAAUGAAAGAAAAACAGAAUGGGACACUAUUGGACAGAAUCUCAUCAAGAAAGUGAGAAAUCUUCGCCAGAAACUCACCACCCAGGCUCGUAACAGAUGUCAGACCCCUAGUGUUUUGGCUACGUAGAAGACGUGUUGCCUUGAAAUCGUCACAGAGAUACAUAUUUUUCAAUCAAUGACACUGAUUUUUAGAUUAUUUAUUUAAAAUUCCUAUAAAGAUCAGCUUUUUGUACAGAAAAGUAUAUCUAUAAUUAUGUGUUUUAUUUAAUUCUAAUACUUUCUAUAUAUGGCUUCUUAAACUUUUCACAAUAAAAAUGUUUUGGAAACUUCAAGUUACCUUAGGCUUUCAGGUUGCAAAGACCAAUGUAAACUUCAGUAACUUAGUUGAUGAAGGUUUACUUUAUUUAUUUUUUAAUAUUUUUUUUCUUUUCUUUCUUUUUUUUCAAGACACAGACUUACUUUGUCACUCUUGGUAGAGUUUUAUGGCAUCACAGCUCACAGCAACUUCAAACUCUUGGGCUCAAGCAAUCUUCUUGCCUCAGCCUCCCGAGUAGCUGAGACUACAGGCACCCACCACAACACCCAGCUAUUUUUAGAGACAGGGUCUUGCUCUUGAGCAGGCUGGUCUCCGGACUCUUGAGGUCAAGAGAUCCUCCCAUCUUGGCCUCCCAGAAUGGUAAGAUUACAGGUGUGAAUCACUGUGCCCAGCUUAUUUAUUUUUUGAUGAAGGUUUAUUUUAAAGAUAAAUGGAGAAAUAGAAAACAGGAGAUGAAAACAGUUAUAUUUAUACAAACUAAACUGAGUGAUGUCGACAGCACCUGCAGAGCACUGACAGUAUGGAUUGGCCUCAAUUCCAGUCUUCCUGGCCUCCUCACAGCAGGACCUCCUCAUUGCCAGUGACCCCACUGUACUCUAACAUCCUAUCUCUGAGCCUGCCUCUCCGCUUCUCCUGCCUUCCGCCUAUUCUCCUUGCAGCACCAACAGCCUUCCCCUCUCUCAGCUCCACAGCACAGCUGUCCAUGACUUCACAAACCUUCCUCUCUCCAUUUCUAAAAGAAGGGUAGAGAUAGCUUGUGAACUUUAAGAUAUGAAGAUUAAAAUAAGAUCUUGUCUAUAAAGUCCCUGGUCUAGUGCUUGAUAUAUAAUAAGUGUAUAAUACGUACUCUAGUGAUUCAAAUUUUUAUUGGGGUCAUAAGGCAUAAUUUUGUGGUGAACCAGAUUUUUUCAGUAAGCAGAGUACUUUCUUCUAUACAAUAGGCAGAGUCCUAAAAUGAUAUCCUGACACUAUGCAAGGCAUUGCUUCCCAAGAGUAGUUUUCUCUGCCUAAUUUUCUGUUUUCAGAUGGUUACAAACAUGUCUUCAUGGGUCAAAACGGUGUGUGUUUGGCAACAGGAGACAAAGGAUUUAUAAUAUACAGGGUGUGAUGAGAACAUUAGUGAAUUAGCAAUUACUUGCUUACCUAAAAGCAUUCAAAUUUUAAAAUACAGUGAUUCUGCCAGCCAGAAUCAGCUGUCUAUUGCCAGGGUUUUUUUAACCUCUAUUUCAGAUCCUCUUUUACUAGAAUUCACAUCUAAUCAGAUUGGUUUUGCAACUAUACAUAAAAACACACACACAUACCCUGUUUUACAUAUAUGUUAGUUCAUUUUUUAAAACUUUCUGUUCAUUAAGUAAAAGUGAGGUAUGAGUUUCGGCACCUGUAGCACAGUGGUUCAGCCUCCACCACUUGCACCGGGGCUGCUAAACAACAAUGACAACAACAAUAACAAAAAAUAGCCAGGCAUUGUAGUGGGUGCCUGUAGUCCCAGCUACUUGGGAGGCUGAGGCAAGAGAAUCACAUGAGCCCAAGAGUUUGAGGUUGCCACGAGCUGUGAUGCCACAGCACUCUACCGAGGGUGACG